UUGGAACGCGAGCGCCGUGAGCGCCAUUGUGAAAAGUGAAAAAUGGAUUUUCCGCCCUGGGCAGUCGAUGCGCUUGGGCCGCCCGAGCAUGUGCCGUCGCCUGUCAGCGAUUAACAAGUGUUUUCCCCAGUUUUUCCCCACCCCCUAGCCGCCAUUCCCGAAAAAAAUUAUGUUGGCGUUGGCCAAGCGGAAAUGAGAAAAUUUCAUUUUAACAAAUAUUAAUUGUCAUUCAGUGUCAAAUCAAAUUGAAAUACGUGUGUGUGUGUGUUUCUGUGUAAUUGCGUAAAUAAUCUUUUAAAACAACUACUGAACGUAUAUGUGUAUGACUUAUAAACAGUACAGUGGAAAUUGGAUAAAUAACAAAAUCCCUUCAAGUUCUUCAAGUUGAAAGCAUUUAAAACACAACAAAAUACGAAAUAAUUGCCACAAAACAACGAUUUGUUUAUUAAGCGACAAAGAACACACAACGAAACGAAGGAAAAUAAAUGGAUUUAGAAAUAGAUGAAAAUUAAAAUAAAAAAAUAAAAACCAGAGACAGCAAAAUUCACUAAGAGAAAGAGGCGAAUAUGUUUAAUUUGCUGCGAAGAUCGCGUCGUGGAAAAACGCACAAGAUCGUCGAUGAGGAGGAGGAUGGAGAUAAACCCGUGAGAUACAGUAAGAUCGGGGAGAUGUCUCUUCGCCGUGAAGAGCGGCCGGAAAGAGCUCGACGGGCGGUGAUCGAAGAGCUGGAGGACUUUGCCAGCGACUUUGACGACGAUGCCACAAGAAAAAACAGCGACGACGACGACGACGAAGAGCGUUUAAAAUUAGCAAAAACAGCUGCUAAUGGCCGCUCCGACAAUUUGUAUAUAAAUAAAAUGGGCGGAGAUGCGAGGACGUGGUCGUUUUCCUCGGGCGGUGAUCGAAAUGCGGCUCCCAGCAGUCAAAACGAGGCAGCCAGCGCGAUCGCGAGCAAAAGCUAUAGUGGUCAGCUAAUUGGCACUAUCGAGUCCGAAAUCGAUGGCCCUAAAAUACCAAUAACACAUCGGCGAACGCGCAACGACACUGAACCGCAAAAGCGACAAUCCCUGCUCUCCAUAGGAAGUUUUAAGCUUACAAACCACAGCAAAGAUAGGCCAGAUAGUCCGGAUCGAACAGAUAGUACAGAGCAAACAAAAAAGCGCAAAACUCUGCAAAAGAGUCGCGAUUUUCUUAGCGACAUUUUCAUGGCGCGUGGUCGAAACCAUCAGCGGCAAAACCAAAAUCAAAAUCAAAUUCAAAAACAGCAGAAAAUCCCAGCCGCUGGCAAGCCAAAUAAAUCGAAUAAAAGUAAUGCCAAAGACGUAAUCGCCGCAGCCAUAGCCACACACCUUGAAACGAACUCCGACCCCGCGCCCGCAUCCCCGACUACUUAUCAAAUGACUUUGGCUAAUAAUAGCCCAGAGAAUAGCGGCCAACGAAGAGCGUUUGAAGAGAAAAGUAAGCCAGCUGGAGGGCCGGAAGAGAGCGGCCAGAGUUUUUCCGCAGAGAACGUGAAUUUUCCCAAAAAGAUCGAGCCGGAAAAAGAAGAGCCACCAGCCAUGCGUUCCUCAACGUUCCUCAUUCAAGCGGCAAACGUUGAGCGGCCAACAGCAAUUGCCGAACAGCAACAUCAGCACGGCAAUGCAAUUGCUGCCCCGCAGCAACAUCUGGCCACCAAGCAGCAACAUCAAGCGCCACAGCAGCAACAUCAGCAAUUAAGUGACAUAACCAUGGGCCAAACCAGUGCCAAACCGAAUGAAAUCAGUUCGGCCCACAGUUCGCGUGCCAGUACGCCGCGUGAUUUCCGUGAAUCGGUCGUGAGUGCGCCGCAGGCACCGCCCAGGCAUCAAAAAUCACCGGAAGUGCCCAAAAUCACCGUCGAGGAUUGCAGUUUUCCAGAGGAACCGCUAAAUAAAUCACAGGAAAUAUUCUACGAACUAAAUGAACCGGCUGAAGAUUCGAUAAACAUUGAAGAACUCAACGAGGCGCAUAUAGAAACCCUAGAAGAUGAGGUCUUUGCCACGGAUAUACCAGCUACUAUCUACCAAAAUUCCAAUAAUCGUCCCUGGACUCGCUUGAGUAAUGUGAAGCUGGAAAAUGUCCAGGAGGAGGAAGAGCAAGAGGAUGAGGAGGAGGAGGAUCAAGAUGAGGUCGAUGAGGCGGUGGAUCUAGACUAUGAGCCACAUAUGAACAGCAAUCAAUCGAAUGGCAACUCUCGCCAAUCUGCCAGUAGUGAAAGAAGUGCCCUGAAGAGUGACUCCAAUUUGAGCAGCAGCUAUGCGGAUUCCGGGAUCGGAGAUCAGGAAUCUCCUGCCCCCCAGCAACAGCAACAGCAUCCACCGCAACCACCGCCCCGCAGCUCCUCGCACAUGGCAAUCACCCAACAGAAUCUGAACCACACCUUUAUCCGUGAUGGCAACUCCACCGAUUGCGAGGAGACCUUUCUGCAGUGCGACGAACUCGGCGACAUUGAGCAUUUCAGCGAGUUCAGCGAGCGUUUGGUAUGCAUCGAGAGCAUCAGUCUGCCGGAUGUGGUUGUGGAGUCAACGACCGCCAAUGCAACCGCAUCAGGAACAACACUUUCAGCCACAUCUGCGACAGCAGCAGCAUCGCCAUCACAAGCAACCACAAAUGGCGGCGAUUCGCAGAUCAACAUCAAUAUUGCCAAUGGAGCGGGGGGCAAUAGCCUGGGCAGUGUGCACUUCAUACCCAUCCAUGUCGAGGGACGCAGUCGCAGCAGUAGUCCCAAGCAGGGCAGCAGGGACGACAGCUUUCUUGGCCAGGACAUGACGCCCUGCAUCGAGAUCAUCGAGGAUGGCAGUGUCCUCAACAAGCCAGUGCGCCAGGCGAGUCCCUUCGACAAUCAGGAACACAGAAAGGAGCUGAAACAGCAGAAAGCUCGAUUUGCCAGCCAAUUGGAUGAGGCCCACAAAAAUGCCAGUCAACUGGAGGCCAAGGUUGCGGAUAUGCAGUUUAAGAUCCAGAAGCUGGAGCAGGAACUCUCCGUCAAGCAAUGGAAUGUGGAGAGACUGCAAGGAGAACUAAGUGCUGCCCACAAGGACGAUGAAUAUGUGCGGAAAAAGCUGAAACUUCUAGAGGAUGAAAAGGUCCACUUACGCCACAAAUACAGCGAAAAUCAAGAUGAAUUCCAGAUCAAAUACAACGAACUCGAAGCUCAGUAUACUGAACUAACCCAGAAGUACAAAGAGACCCAUGGCCUGGCCAAAAGUUUGCAAACCCAGUUGGCCUGUGCCCAAGUCGAAGCUGAGGAAUGGCGUCAGCAGGUGGAGAAGAUACGAGCGGAACUGGAGGAGCAGAUACGCAUUCUCAAGAACGCCCUGGAAAACUCCGAGGCGGAACGCAAAAUCUGCGAGGACAAAUGGCAAAAGGAGUUCGAAAUGCUCAGGACACACAAUCGAGAACGCGAGGAGUCCCUGAUGACGGACUGCGAGUGGCAGCUGCGGCAGAUGCAGCGGCAGUGCAAGGACAAGACGGACAAGAGCAACUACGAGCGGAAGCAGGCGAGCGCCAAGGCGGAGGAGCUGGAGCUGGAGCUGCAGUCCCGCCGGCGGGAGUCCGAGAUGCUGCGCACCUGCCAGGCGCAGGUGAACUCGCUGAGGGGCGUGGUCAGCGAGCAGGAGCAGUCCAUCCAGACCCUGAUGGACCGCAUCGAGAACCUGAAGGCGGAUCUGCAGUCGGCCAACGAGAACCUCGAGACCCAGAUCGAGGCGGUGCACAAGAUAAAAUAUCAGUGUGAUAAUGCCAUCUAUGACAAGGAGCGUCAAAUGAUCUACAAAAUCGAUGAGGUGCGCAAUGAAGCGGCCGCCUUCUGGGAAAACAAACUUUACACAGAGAUGACAAGACUGACUAAUGAACUGGAGUCCGUGUAUGUGGACGAGCGCCGGGAUGCGUUGGAUAAAUUGCAGAACGAGCAUAUUGAGGAACUCAGGGCCCUGACCAAUCGAUAUACAGCCAAUGAGGAGGAACUGCGAGCUGAGAUUGAGGAUCUGCACGCUAGCCUGGAGCUGAAGAAACAGGAUUUCCUCAGUCUGCGCGAACGUUCGGAUAACGCCCUUCUCCAGACCCGCAUGCAUUUGGAUAAGGCCGAUCGCGAGUACCAGAAUGCCAUGUGUCGCGAGGAGGAUCGCCGCGUGGAACUGGAGGAGAAGCUGAAGAAGGAGUUCGAGGCGGAGAAGGCCGAGAUGGAGGAGAAGUUCCGCGAGCGACUCGGCCAGGUGAAGGAGGAGUUCGCCAAGGAGCUGCAGCUAUCCACGCAGGACAUGGUCGAUUCGCACCGGAAAGAGCUGGACUCUCAAAAGGCCAAAUUGCAGGCGGAGAAGGACGAGGCGUUGCAGGAACUUGUGGAACGACAUCGCGCGAAAAUGGCCGCUGCCGAUGAACGAAUCAACAUGGAUCAGCAUUUAGGUCGAUCGACAACCUCUCCGGCCCUGUGGGCGUUGGCCAAGGGGGCGUGGCCGUAUAUGCCGACCCUAUAUGUGCUAUAUCUGACCAUGUCGCCGCUGAUCGCCAUUGCAUGCUUAGUGUUCAAUAUUGUCGCUGUGCUUUAUAUUAAAUACCGUCACCUCUUAAUCGAUGUAGAACUUCGGCACCAGCGCAAUCUCAAGGACCUGAAGGCGGCCUACGAUGCCGAGAAGGCGGCGCUGGACAAGCGCGACAUCAGCAACGCCAACGAGAUCGAGCAGCUGCACCGCAAGUGCCGCUGCCUGACCAACCUGUUCGAGGAGAUGCGCAUGCGAUACGAAAGGCGGGAUCCUCGGGCCGAGGAUCUGCGUGAGAUAUCCGAACUGCGAACACGAUGCGAAAGUCAGGAGCGAGAUCUAUACGUACUCACCGAUCGCCUGAGGGAAAUGCAGAUACAAAUGUCCGAGAUGCAACAAAAUGGUGAUCGAAAAGGCGGUGGAAAGUCGGUAAAGAAACCUCCGCCCAAAUCGAUACCCACCAGCUGUGACGUCAUUUACGAGGAAAACGAAGAACGGGAAUCCCCCGAGCAGGAAAAUGGGGAAAACUCCUCCCAGGGAGAUGAUGACGAUGAGGAGGAGGAGGAAAUUGAACAGGAGCCCAGCGAUACAGAGUCAAAUCACACGAUCGAGGUCAAUGGAAAAUCCGAUCGGAUUAACGAAGAUGACGCCCAUCUCAUCACCGCCGUGUGAUCGAUCAUUUUUUAUAUAUCUUCCAAUUUUGUGGCUGUAUUUUUCGAGAUCCCCCUGGAGUGGAUGUUCCAGGACCAAGGAUGUGUGAUCCCGGGUGCUUUCGAGCUCUAUGUGCUGCCCUCUGUAUCGCAGGAUACGGAAAUCGACCCACUCAACAAAACCGCUCAAAGCUUGAACUCAUAAAAAUUGUAAAUCAAAUUUCUGAAUUGGUUUCUGAAACCGCUAAAAAAAAA